UGCCAUUAACAAAGCUGUCUUCUCUUUCUCUUUUCAAUACUUCUGCUUUAUAGUAUAAACCGAACAAACGUGGCAAUAUAAGAACACCUUGAUUCUCUUGACUCAGAAGUAUAGCUUUAUCUUUUUAACCACUUUUUUCCCAGCUGAUUCUAUCCAUAUUUUGAUCUCGAAAAGACAUGGAUAAACAUAGAGGAAAAGCUGCCGUUUUAAUCAUCUGCAUGUUGUUUAUUUUCGUUUUCGUUUCUGGGGCUGAACGGCAAGAGAAACCGGAGCAAAAGCAAGAAGAAGAAGAGAAAACAUCUAUUUUUCAGGUGGUGAAAAGCUUUUUUACUGUUUAUACAAGCUCUCCUAUAAGUGGAAGAAGCUAUUGGGAGAAAGUUAAAACAGCAAUCAAUCGAGUACAGGCUCAUUUCUUUCCACCAAAUCUGGAUUUUAGGGUGAAAGAUGAAGCGGGUGAUGGAGGGGAGAAGGUGAAAGGGGCGGUGGCGAAGAGUAUCGAGAAGAGCAAAGCAACUGUGGAGGAGUCGGCAAAAUCGGCUGCUGAAAUUGCAGGGAAAACGGUGCAGAAAACCAAAGACAAAGUUAAAAAGAGCUUCUUUCAGUCCGAGCUUUGAUCAUUACUAUCAUGAAUUAUGUUCAUUUCAAUUUUCCUCAAGUUAAAUGUUGUCAUGCCUGCACAAAUAUGUUAAGUGUAUUGAGUGAGUGUCUAAUUUAUCAAAUUUUGUUUGUUUUAGAAAGUAAUGUAAUUACUUUUUCUCAAUUAAAAAAUUAUCCAGGGAAAUCA